UUGUUUCUUACACACCUCAGAACCUUCAAUAUCAUAUAUAUAGCAGGAACAACCCGCUCAGACCACCUGCCUAUCUAUCACUCCAAGUAUUCAACUGGAUUACCAUGGCUCAACCUAACAAGCCCCAGGAAUUCGAGACGCUGCAGUUGCACGCUGGUCAGGUUCCUGAUCCCACCACCAACGCUCGCGCAGUUCCCAUUUACGCGUCCACGAGCUUCGUCUUUAACGAUUCUAACCAUGGCGCAGAUCUUUUCGGCCUGAAGGCUUUCGGACACAUAUAUUCUCGUAUCGGAAAUCCCACUGUUGAUGUGUUCGAAAACCGAAUUGCUGCCCUUGAAGGUGGCGCUGCGGCCAUCGCAACGGCCUCCGGUCAGUCUGCACAAUUCCUUGCAAUUUCGACCAUAGCCAGCGCGGGUGACAACAUCGUUUCAACAUCAUAUCUCUAUGGGGGGACGUACAACCAGUUCAAAGUAACCUUCAAAAAAUAUGGUAUCGGUGUGAAGUUCGUGAACGGCGACGACCCUGCUGGUUUCGCGGCAGCAAUCGACGAGAACACGAAGGCAAUUUAUGUCGAGAGCAUCGGUAACCCAAAAUACAACGUCGCGCCCAUUCCCGAGCUGGCGAAAGUUGCACAUGAUCAUGGUAUCCCCUUAAUCGUGGACAAUACGUUUGGAAUGGGAGGAUACCUCAUCAAACCCAUCGAGUUGGGCGCAGACAUUGUUGUGCACAGCGCAACCAAGUGGAUUGGAGGCCACGGAACAACGAUCGCAGGUGUCGUGAUCGACUCGGGCAAAUUUAACUGGGCACGCUCCGGCAAGUUCCCAUCGUUUACGUCUCCCUCUGAGGGAUACCACGGCAUGAUCUUUAGCGACACAUUCGGUGCUCUCGCUUUCGCUGUCAAGCUUCGCGUGGAGCUACUCCGUGAUUUGGGUCCAGCUCUGAACCCAUUCGCUGCGUUCUUGCUCAUUCAAGGUCUUGAGACGCUCAGCUUGAGGGCUCAGAGGCACUCCGACAACGCUUUGGCGCUUGCUCAGUGGCUGUCAAAACACGAGAAGGUCGCAUGGGUUUCUUAUCUCGGUCUGGAGAAUCACCCCUAUCAUCAGAGCGCAAAGCAGCUUCUCCGCCCAAACGCCUUUGGCGGUGUUCUCAGCUUCGGAAUCAAGGGUGACGUCAGCGUCGCGAGCAAGGUUGUAGACAGCUUGAAAUUAGCUAGUCAUCUCGCAAACGUCGGUGAUGCGAAGACUCUUGUCAUCCACCCUGCGACGACGACGCACCAACAGCUCACUGAUGAAGAGCAGUUGUCUUCGGGAGUCACGCAUGAUCUCAUCCGGGUGUCCGUGGGCAUCGAACACAUCAAUGACAUCAUCGCGGACUUUGAUCAGGCUUUGAAGGUUGCCCCUUGAUGUUGAUGGUCGUUUAGGAAGAGGGAAAGGAAUAUGUACCAUUGUGUAACAAGACGGUCGUCAAAAGUUCUAUGAACUGAUUUAUUCAAAAACUACUCCACGGCUACUCAGAUAAGUAACCAAUCACGUAGGGGCUGAUUGAUGGUUAGGAACUUAUAUACUCUUAUAUGGUAUUUUUGAGUGAAUCUGAUGAACAAACGGAUAAGAACCAGGUCCAAACUAGAGAGCCAAGUCGCGAAAAGCGCUCUUCUUAGUCGCUUCCAGUCUCUUUUUCUUUAGUCCAAAGCGAGCUCAAUCGAGCUGCGGGGAGAAUUUAUUCUUGGGUUACAGUCCCUCCCAAAUCGAAAGUCGUUGGCCCGUGGACCGCUUGAGUGCUGUACUGUACAGAAUUACGAGGGUAAACGCACAGAGGUGUAAACGCAG